CUCAGGGUGAAGCACUAGCUGAAUAACACAGAUGCAAUGAAUUCUAUGAAUUCAAAUGAUACUAUUGCUCAUCAUUCAUGAUUCUUGAGCUGAAACUGUUCAACUAGCUGACCAUGACUGUGUCUACCUUGUGUUUUGAUUUGGUAAUCAUUCUCUUUCUAGCCACCCAAUCCCACUGUAAAAACCUCUGUGAAAGUUCAUUUACCUGGAAAGAUGAACCGUGUCCAGCAGGAUCUCAUUAUCUUAAACACUCCACCUGUUGUUGGUGCAAAGACGAUUUUUAUACUGCCCAUCCAAAUAACCUAAAGUACUGUUUAAGAUGUAUUCAGUGUGAUAAUUUACAAGUAGAGGAGCAGCCCUGUAAUUCAACACAGAACAGAGUUUGUGCAUGUAAACCUGGUUUUUACAAACAAUAUCCUGACUUCUGUAUACCCUGUAAAAAUUGCCAAAACUGCACAGCAUGUUUAAACUGUGGAGAGAAAUGCAACCAACAACAAAGAAUUACAACCACAACAGCAGUUUGUGGAAAUGGUUAUUUUUUGAUUGGUGGAAAAUGCCAAAAAUGUGAAAAAUUUGACUGCAAGAACGAGGCUUGUAAAUCUUUUUGCACCACCAAUAACAGUGGAUCACAAGGUUUGUCAUCUCCCCAUUACCAGCUCUUGCUGGUGUCAUUGAUCAUUGUGGCUGUAUUGGGUGGUCUUCUCUGUCUUCUUAUUAUAUGGGUAUUACAUAGAAAAAGACAGCUUUUCUGCCAAGCAAAACAUUGGCAUGUUGGCACACAUCCAAACAUUCAGAUUCAACCAGCAGAUCACCCUAAUAACCAAAUCAACAUUCCCUCAACAAUGGUUAGAAAUGUCUCAUCCUGCAAUAAAACCACCAUCAAAGCUUGCUCGGGGAUUCCAGUGACCAACUACCCAUACAGCCUCUUUAGUGGAGAUUGGCAGAGCAUCAUGGCUCCUUCGAUUGCAAUUAGAGACCCAAAAUUGAUGCAGGUGCUGCAGAAGGAAUAUUGGCCAGCACCAGUACUCUACACAAUCAUCAGAGAAAUCCCUGUACAACGAUGGAAGGAGUUUCUGAGGCUUCUUUCUGUGACAGAUGAUCAGAUGGAGAGGAUAGAACUGGAGACAGGCCCGUCCUAUCUAGAAAAGCAGUACCGAAUGCUACGUCUGUGGAGCCAAAGCAGUGGAGCAGAGCUGGAGAAUAUCUACUCAACAUUACACUACAUGAACCUGUCAGGGUGUGCACAGGAACUGCAAGAGAAGCUAGAGCAACUGCAAGAGAGCAUGAAAACUGCCUUAUCUUGACUCCAUCUCCAUGUGUGAGAGCUACAGUUGAAUUUUGCAAUCAUAUACAGGGAACUCUGUAUUGCAGACACUUGUACUCUUGUUUAAUUGACAGGGACCUGUCAGUCAUAGUUAAAUAUAAAAAAAAUUGCAUAAUGUUAAACAAAGUCAUAUUGUAUAGUGCCAUGUUCUUGGUCACAGUCACAUUUAGUGACCACUAUACUGUACAAAUGUGAAUAUUUAAAGAGCAAUUCAACCUUUCAUAUUUUAAUCUAAAACAUGUUCUAAAUAUUUAUUGUGUCUACUAUGGACUUAUAAAGGUACUCUUUUGGUUUUCAGGAUAAACACGGUUGAUAGGAUAAACACAGGCACUAAAGAUUAUUUGUUCUCAGUCAUAUUUUACAUUAAGUAUUAUUUCAAACUCAUUUUGUCACA